AGUUAUAGCGCACAAUUCAAGGUGUGUGUUACGCGUUCAGCUAUUAUAUUUCAUGUCAUACUACGUGUUUAUUAGACCGUGAAACCAAUUUUUUUACAUUUGAGGACAUCUAAUCCUCUAGCAGCAGUUGGAUCCUUAGUUGUACUGAGGGCAAAUGUGAGGUUCUGUAAAACUUAUCAACAUCUUAUUUGAUGAUCUUAUGGGGUCAAACGAUAGGAAUAACAAAGAUCUAAUACGAGGCAAUUACUACUGAUUUAACAUGAGUAACUCAGUGUUAGAAAUGAAUUUCAUUCGUUUACUAUACUGUACCGAAUGUCUAGCAGCACAGAAACAAUUAGAAACCACUUACAAGGACUACGUAAAAACUCUUGAAACAUUUUUUAAUACAUUGACUUCAUCAAAUCAUCGUCCUUCUCCAGAAAAUAUACGUAAAUAUGAAAUACGGCUAAAAAAGUUAAAGCAGACUUGCGAUACAGUAGAAAAUUCGAAUGUACAGUCUAUUCAUCAUCAUCAUCUAUCACGUAGUGAAAUAAUUGCAACUUCUAAAAUGAAUGAAACCUCUCUUGUUAAUCAUAAUGUCAAUAAGGAAAAUGUAAUUGCUCCUGAAAUAAAUAACUUAUCAUGUAAUAAAAACGAUACUAUGUGCUUUGAAAUAGACAAUCAAUCACUUAUUCAGGGCACAUUCACCGAUAGAUGUGAUUUGAUCGCAAAAGAACGCCAACGUAUAAAUAGAGAAUUACGAGAGCAAUUAUUAGGUGGAAAUAAAUCCAGCGAUAAAAAGUCAUUAAAUCAUAGUAAAAAUGAAAAUCUAACUCAUUCUUCUGGACUUCUUCGUGAACAAGAAAUUCAACGUGAACAAUUAGCUUCAGAAAUGCUGUUAUUAACAACAGAUUUGAAAAAUCAAUCUUCUGCAAUGAGUCAACGAAUUCGCCUGGAUUGUGAAACUGUUGAUGCUAGUAUUGGACAAGUUGAGCGAAAUACCGCAAAUCUUCAUGGUGUAUUAAAUGAAUUAUCAUUAGAGCUUGGUUCCAAAUGUGGUCGAAUUGUAUGGAUUCUAUUUUUUAUUGCGUUAGGUUUAUUUUUAUACAUGAUAUUAUUUAUGAAAAUGUUUCGUAAACGAGUUAUUCAAUCAAAUUCUGUUUAUUCUCCUAAAACAGAGUUAUAAAUUGUUAUAGAAUGUGCAUAUUAUUGUUGAGGUUAAUUGCCCCUAUCAACAAAAUACUGGAUUUUUUAAUGGUUUUUGCUCCUGUGUUUUAAACUAUACUGUGAUAUCUAUUGUCAAAAGUCAUGUGUAAUUAGCCUCUCUUCCUAUUGGUUGAUCUCUCUUCAAAAUCAUGUAAAUGCCAUCUGUAUACAGU